GCAAUCGUGCGUAUAUUUACUACAGGAGGGGAAUAGGGGAGGACCGGGAGUACACCCCCCUAACCUCCCCUUUUAGCCCGAGAUUCCGUCGCGAUCGAAGCACACCCACAUUGAGCGUAGUGGUUGCCGCAUUCGGGCGCAGUCCUCUUAAAAUAGAAAAAAUUCGAAAUGGAGCUAAAAGGCAAAGUUGCUUUAAUAACAGGCGCCGCGGCAGGCAUCGGACUCGCUUAUAGCGAGGAAUUACUGAAACAAGGAGCUAAGGUUUCGCUGUGUGAUAUUGAUUCUGAAAUCGGAGAACAGGUGGCCGAUGAGUUGGGCGUGAAGUAUGGUCGGAAAAACGUUUUAUUUUGUCAAUGUGACGUCACUGAUUAUCCACAAUAUGAAGAGGCAUUUGAAAUGACCGUAAAGGUAUUUAAUCGACUGGAUAUAGUGAUCAACAAUGCUGGAGUUAUGAAUGACCGAUUUUGGGAACUAGAAGUCGAUGUUAAUUUGAACGGAGUCAUUCGCGGCACCCUUCUUGCUUACCGGUUCAUGGGAAAAGACCGCGGAGGUCAGGGCGGUACUAUUAUCAACACAGCGUCGACUGCCUUUGUCAGGCCUCAAGUCUCGACUCCAAUUUACACCGCUACUAACUAUGCUGUAGUUGGUCUUACAAGAUCGUAUGGGGAUCAAUACCACGUGAACUUGACUGGUGUUCGGAGCAUAGCUUUAUGCCCGGGUCUCACAGACACAGGACUUGUGAAAGAGAUCCGCAAGCAACUGAUGUCCUCCGAAUACGAAGCCGCUUGGCAGCGGGACAACGCCAACUGUAAGGCUCAAAGCCCGGAGCAUAUUGGAAGAACGUUGAUCGAGAUUUUGAUGAAGGCUCAGAGCGGGUCUGUUUGGAUUGUUGAAAACGGUCAACCGGCAAGGGAAUGGCGUGGUUAAUUUCUUGCUUGAAUACAAAUAUUUAUAUUUCUAAAGAUUUAAUUUACAACCACGUAAAUUUGCUUUUAUUUACUCUGUCUUUCUCCAGUAUUUUAACAGAUAAGAUGUUAAGUCAUAAAUAUGUUUAUAUUUUAAUUUAGAUUAUAAUAAAUAUCUACGACCUAAAUUCAAAACCAGAUUUUUCUGGGCAUGUCUCGUAUAAAAUAAAAAAAAUAUUUACCCUGCAAAUGUUGCCGGUAGAUAAUAUACGUACUUUAAAUUAAAUGUUUCAUUAGUGAUGUUUUAAUAUUGUUGUUUAGCUUAGUAAUUUUUUCUAAAUCGUGGUGAAUAUUUUUCUAGCUUUGAAAUUUUAUAAAAAACUUAUGAAACUAAUCUUACUAACAUUUUUGUAACAAUAGAUCAUUUUAAGCAAACCAAUGGAAAUUAAAUAAAAAUUGUUAAUUUAAAAUCACAGCUAUGACAUAUGCAACUUCGUUACUGUGCAAAAAAGAAGAAAUUUCCCCUAAGCACUUUUUUAAAGUAUUAAUGUAAUGAAAUAUGCACAAUAACAUUUAUGUAUGUAUACCAAUACUGUUGUGUAAUCCUGGUAUAAAGUUAAAUCAUAGUCUCUUUAUAUAAGGCUCAAGAUGUUAACAAUAAGUACUUAUGAUAACAAUACUAGCACUAAUUGUAAUACAUUAGGCCUAUACCCAAUUAAGUGAUUAUUUCAAACUACACAUACAUGUACUGACAGAGUAGGCCAGUGAGUUGGAUAGUUAAUAUAUGAAUCAUAAAAAAUAUAUAUAAUGGGUUAUCAGGAGUAACUGAGAAAUUACCUGGUACGUUUUACCUCCCUCCAAAAAAAACUACUAAUAUUAUAAAUAUGAAAGCAACUCUUGUUUUAUGUUAAGCUUUCAUGGCUAAACCACUGAACCGAUUUUGAUGAAAUUCGGUAUGAAACAAACUUAAGCCCCAAUAGGCUACUUUAUAUUAAAAAUAAUGUCUGUGAACAUUAAAAAAAAACCCGAGAAUACAGCAAAUUUUGUUCAUUUAUAUUGAUAUCGGUAUUAUUAGCAUUCGUUGGUUAUAGGCUUUAUGCAUUAUAUAUUAAACGUAAUUAUACGGUUGUGUACAUAUUUUCUUCUCGUAGAGGUAGUUUUAAGAACGGUAUU